AUGGCAUCCUUCAAGGAGUCCUCCAUAUCGCGCCCGUUCCCUCAGUCGGGCCUCCCCGUCCGACAGAGCAAUGCUCGAAACCAUUCGCAUGCGCACUCGAUAUCGCUGGGUGCCGUCAAUACCAACCAUCGCGUCACCCGUCGGAAGAGUAUCGCCUCCGCCGCCGCUGCCAAUGCCGCUGCGGCCGUUGCGGCCACCAUGAAGGACAGCGGUGAUCCAGUCACGAUUCCGAUGGCAUCGCACCGGCGGAGUCUCGCUGGCCGCAAGGGUCUCGAAUCGAGCUCCCUCGGAGCCACGUCCGCCCUGUCGUCCUCUCUAUCGCGGAGCGUGAACGCUGGCUCGGACCGCAAGACCUCGCCCAACGCAAUCGACGAGAACUCCGCAGCGGAGGGCAGCGCUUCCGGAGCAAAGCCCGUCAGCACCAAGAGCAGGAACCGACGCGCCAGUGAAGGGUCAAACCUGAACCGGGGCGAAGGGAAGCGGGUUGCCAGCGAACUCCGCUGCGAACGUUGUGGGAAAGGGUAUAAGCAUAGCAGCUGCUUGACGAAGCAUAUGUGGGAACAUGACCCAGCAUGGCAGUUCACGUCGAAACUCCUCAUCUCCAAGCAUCAGCAAGUCCAAUUGCUCGAGGCGGCCACCGUGCUGGUCAACAUGAACCAAGAGCCUACCACCGAGAUGGAGUCGGAGGACUCAUCGGCCUCUCCCGCGACAUCAUCCGAACUCCGCGAUGGACUAAGUUCCACCGAGACGACGCCGCCCCCCAUGGACGAGGACGGGCCAGAGUUGCCCGACACACCAGCCGGCUACGGGAAGCGCUAUAGCGUCGCCAGCACCUCCGCCUUCUCGCGCUCCUACCAGUCCAGCUCCUUCGCCGACAGUGCGCCGCUGCAUUCGCCCGCCUUCUCGCAUUUCCGCCAUUCCAGCAUCGAUACACGUCCCUCCACUGCCGACACCGGGAGCAGCGACGACGACGAUGAGGCGGAUCUGGCCGCUGCCAUCGGUCUGUGCAAUUUUGGGACACCCCGCACGGGGCCCGUGCCCAUGUCGCCCGAUGUACCUCCAGUGCCCCCACUGCCUGCUCGAUUCCUCGGCCAGAACAUUCACAGCAACCCUCUAAGCCAGUCGGCCGCUGCGGCCAUGCCUUUGCCCAGUUCGGCCUCGACGAUCUAUGGAUCAUUCUCGUUGAACCCGUCGCUGUCGUACAAGGUCUCGGAUGAACGAGAUGUCAAGAUGGAGGAUGUCCACCGCGAGUCGAGACAGCGGCGCAACGCCGACGUUGAUUUUGGCAGCCGUCACCAUGGUGAAGACGAUGAUGACGGGGUCUUUGGCCUUAUGGAGGAGUGA